UUUAAUUGCAAAUAAAUGAAAAAAACAGCACAACAUUUACCAAAUAUUGGAGAAAUUGUGCCGAAAACCUGGUGGAAAUUGCGUCAGGUGAUCGAUCCUCAACUCUUGUCAAAGGCGGACGACAGAGCCUCCGAAGAUUACCACUUUCUUGCUGUUUUAAGGAGUACUGUAACUAUGGGGUACAUAAGAAGCUAUGUUGAAUAUGGUCUCUAUCUCUACCUCCUGGUCCUGGCUGCCAUUGGUAUCGGGUACACUAUCACUGGCCAGGGCGAGAGGAUCGACUUUGGCUGGUUCUUGUCUAAUGUGUCUCCCUACUUCUUUGGAGCCCUUGGGAUUGGGUUGACCGUCUCUCUCUCCGUGGUCGGGGCUGCUAUGGGCAUCCACACAACAGGCGUAAGUAUUGUUGGCGGUGGUGUUCGUGCCCCUCGUAUCAAGACCAAGAACCUUAUCUCGGUCAUCUUCUGUGAGGCUGUGGCUAUUUACGGACUAAUUAUUGCCAUCAUUCUUGCCGGAGUCCUGGAGGAAUACUCUGAUAGCAACGCUGCAUUCAACGAGAAGGUUUUGGAGCAAAACCUGCUGUCUGGUUACCUGAUGUUUGCUGCAGGAUUGACUGUGGGCUUUACUAAUCUCUUCUGUGGUGUUGCUGUUGGAAUUGUUGGUUCUGCCGCUGCUCUGGCUGAUGCUGCCGAUGCCUCUCUCUUCGUGCGUAUCCUGAUUAUCGAGAUCUUUGGCAGUGCUAUUGGUCUCUUUGGUCUUAUUGUGGGCAUCUUGCAGACAUCAAAGGCCAAGAUGGGCAACAAGGUUUAGUUAGGAUAGCUUCAAGAUUCGAACAUUCCAUAUUCUCGAUAAGUUCUUAAAAGCAAAGAGGAUUCAUUGGCUGAGGAUUCUUUUACUUUAAUUUAUUAUUGUCAACUUGUGCACAAAUUGAAAACCAUUUCCUUUUUUUUUCCAAUAUACUUUGUAACCACACAAUACAGUAUUCCUGUAAGGGCAAGUGUAUACGUGUUUAGACCGUCGACAUUAAAUAUACUGCAUAAAAGUUUUGUUUGAUAGCAUCCCAACGGGCAACACAUUCUUGAGCCACGUUAAAUGAAUGUACGAGCAACGUUAAAUGAAUGUAUGAUCAAUGUUAUAUAGUCGUUUGCUCAGAUUUGCCCAGGGGAAUGUAACCAGAAAUUCCAGCAUUCAUUAUGCAAUAUAUAUAUAAUAUAAAUCAGAUGAAAUUGUAAAUCUGGCUUUUAUUUUUUAGUCAAAUAGAGACAAUUUUUUAUUUUUUUUUUGUCAGAUCAUUGAUGCUCAUACUCAUGUCAUAUUUUAGAGUUUUUUUUCCAUUUUGUUUUGACAAGAGUUUGGAUAAAUUGUUCAUCAUACUGUAUGGUUUUUAGUUUUCCAGAAUUUUAAUGUACUGUAUCUUAUUUACAUAAUUUUUUUUCUAUGAUAUUAGCUUCAUUUAUUUUUCUAUGUGUGUCUUAUUUUAUAAAAGCAUAAUAGUGGCAGAUCCAGUUGAUUACUGUUGCCAGGAGGUAGAGUUAGGACUAGUUUGGAAUAUAACCCGCCAAACACACACCGAAACUACGACGUUGGUACAACGUUCGAACAAGUUUUAACACCUGCUAACCAGUUAUAACAACCAAUAUAACAAGUUGUAACAAUGUUUAAAUACGUCAUAAACACGUUAAGCCAAGACAUAACAACUCUAUUACAAGUUGUAACAAGCGGAAAAUAGAGACAGUUUCGGUUUGUGUUUCCAGGGAAGUUACACACACGUAAGUAGGUGACGACCUUCUGUUGUGUAAAUAACAGUGCGUGCUGCCCAUUGCUUGCCGCUGCCGAUGAAGAAAGUGCUACUGGACUGUUAAGAUUAUAUUUGUUCUCCCUAGGAAUAGAAAUUUGUACUUUUUUUUUUUUUCCCUAGUAGUAGUACAGUAGUAUAAAAUUCGGCAACAUAUUUUGCUGCAUCUGUGUGUACAGUUAACAGAUUCUAUGUGAAUGUUGUAAUAUUAAAAGAUUGUAUAUAAGAUUGUGGUAUGCUAGCUCUGUAUAUCUUUACUGAUGUGGGGGUAAACUUAUGUGAAUAAAAAGAGGAUUAUUAAA